AUGUUUGGCUCUACGUGGGGCAAUAAUCAACAAUCCCAACCACAGCAACAACAAUCCUCGGUGUUUGGGCAGCCUUCAGCGUUCGGCCAGACUGGUACGUCUUCAACAACCGCCACAAACAACCCAGUCAACCAGCAACCAGCUUUUGGCGGCGGGUCUAGCGCGUUUGGCCAGCCACAGCAGCAACAACAGCAACCUACAAACUCGAUAUUUGGUGGUGGCGCGACUGGAGGUACAACAGGUGCUUUUGGUGCGUUUGGUGCCAACAACAACAACAACAACAAUGGCCAGACCAACGCCGUUAAUCCGGUAUUCGGAGGUGCGAAGCCAGCGACAGGGUUUGGCGCGUUUGGAGGUGGUGGCACGAGUGCAUUUGGUGGAGGUGGGGCAUUUGGGGGUAAUGCCGCAACGACGACGACUGGAGUAUUUGGACAAACUGCAAACAACACGGGGUCCGCGUUUGGUCAGACAAACUCCAUUUUUGGAAAGCCUGCAACAACAACGGCUUUUGGAGCUACAACAUCAAAUACCUCCAAUGGUCCUAUGGAGAACGUCCCACCUGUGACAACAGGCACCUCAAACCCACCAUUCCAACCAUUCAGCGAGAAGGAUACUGCAACAAACUCGACCAGUCUUUACCAAUCGAUAACUUGCAUGCCAACAUACCGCGGCACUUCAUUCGAGGAAUUGAGAUAUCAAGACUAUGCCCAAGGACGGAAAACAGCGGGUGCAAGUGCUACCGCAUUUGGACAACCCAGCGCGUUUGGUGCCCAACAGCCGACAAACAAUGUUUUUGGUCAGCCAGCCCAACAACCACAGACCUCUGUUUUCGGUCAACCAGCUGCUCAACCCGCAACCGGAUUCGGAGCAUUUGGAGGCCAGCAGACAAACUCUGUCUUCGGGGGUGGAACCACCAACAAUGCAUUUGGACAGCCGCAACAACAACAACAACAAACGUCUGCGUUUGGCGCAUUUGGCCAACCUCAGCAGCAGCAGCAGCAACCCCAGCAAAGCAGCGUUUUUGGUGGUGGCACGACUGGUGUGUUCGGUAACAACAAUGCCGCUGCUGCUGCCCCUAAGCCUGCCUUUGGCGCGUUUGGUAAUAAUGCGUUUGGGAAUGCUACCGCAACAACGCAACCGACUACGGGUUUGUUCGGGAAUACAAAUAACGCAAACAAUGGACAAACCAACUCCGUCUUUGGUGGUGGUGGAGGGGCAUUCGGCAACAACAACAAUAACAACGCGCCGAAAACUGGUCUGUUUGGUCAACCCGCCGCUCAACCGACGCAAAAUGCAUUCGGUGGUAACUCGCUCUUUGGUGGGGGACAGCAGCAGCAGCCAGCCCAACAACCUUCUGCUUUUGGUGGAUUCGGGACCAACAAUCAGCAACAACAAACUGCUGGCAAUUCUUUGUUUGGUGGGAAUACGGCCAAUCCUGCGGGAACAACCAAUAGCCUUUUUGGUGGUGGUGGGGCAAAUACCGGGUCGGGUCUUUUUGGCAACAACAAUCAACAGCAACAGACCAACUCGCUAUUCGGGAAUAAACCUACUACAGGUUUGUUUGGUGGAACGAACACAACAAAUAAUGCGCCAACCACGGGACUCUUCGGCAACACAACUCAGCAGCAGCAACCUUCAGCGUUUGGUGGCAAUAGCCUGUUUGGGGCACCGAAACCCGCAGCUUCAGCCUUGGGACAAUCGAACUCCAUGACUGGAUCCGGCCUGUUUGGUGGUGGGGGGGCAUUUGGAAACAGCACCACCAAUAAUGCAGGCACGAGCAAUUUGUUCGGUGGUAGCAUGAACCUCAACAACUCCCAACAACCCCAGCAAAUGUUGACGACUUCGAUUGCUCAACCGAUCGCAACCGACCUGUUCUCGAUGCUUCCACCGGGCCCACAUGCAGUAUCUCUGGAGCAGUCGACCAAGAAGAAGGUCCCGUUCUUCGUCGAUGUCCCCAUGCGAGCACCAGUCCCCCGUGUAGGUCUGAGCUACAGCCCCGCUUCUUCAAAACUUCGCGGAUUCGGUUCAUCGAGUACCAUGACCGUGACAUCCGCGCCGGGGAAUCCGUUCCAUCAAGGCAACCUCGCUGCCUCCGCUCUUGGCCAGAGUCGACCUGGCGUACUCCGAGUUGACUCUCCCGACGCCCUUCUUCGGAGUUCGACGCCGACCCUUGGAAGCGGAACGAAGAAUAGUGUCAAGAAACUAAUUCUGGAUAAGAAGGUCGAGCCGGGGGAGCUAUUUGGCAAGACUUCAUCGCCUGGAAGCGCUGGCAAAGGCAAGAUCACGUUCAGCCCCGCCUUAAGCAUCGCGGCGCGAGAAAAAGAGGCCCAGGCUGCCGCUGCCGCUACCACACGUGUCGCGGAAUCACCAUCUCCAGCAGCCCGGCCGGCUCCGGCGACAGGAAAUCGAUUUGCUGCGCAAGCCAACGAUGACCAUGGCGAGGGAGACGAGAACGGCGAAGAGGGGACAUAUUGGCUACGACCUGACCUGAACACACUGCGACAGGCAGGCUACACCAAGCUGUCCGCUUUCCCCGAUCUGGUGGUUGGCCGUGUAGGGUACGGCGAGAUUCGUUUCCUCGACCCUGUGGACCUGACCGGACUACCGAAACUGAAUGUACUGUUGGGGGGCGUGAUCAGGUUCGAAGACAAGGAGUGUUCGGUCUAUCCGGACAGUGACGAGAUCGAGAAGCCGCCAGCGGGGCAAGGGCUGAAUGUCCGUGCUCGAUUGACGCUGGUGAGGUGUUGGGCUGUCGACAAGGCUACGCGGGAGCCAAUCAAGGAUGCGAGCCACCCAGCAGCGAUCAAGCACCUGAGGCGGCUCAAAAACAUGAAGGAGACGACGUUUGAGAGUUUUGAUCUAGAAAAGGGCGAGUGGGUGUUUUCGGUGGAUCACUUUUAG